CCUUUAUUAGUGUGUUAUCAGUGCAGGAUGGAGGUGCUGUUUCCUCCACAGCUCAUGCAUGGCUGCCUUUUGUGUUGUUUGCUUAUUAUGAUGCUCUGCUAAAUGCUGCUCCUCUCACCGCAUUGCUCAGCUAAGUAUCCUGCAGUCUCUUUAGUGUGUGGAUGUUGCUGUUGUUCACCCUCGCCAAACCACUCUGCCUCCUCUAAAAUGAUGCUAAUGCUGCUCUCUAAUGUGUAGUUGCUGGGGAGGAGGAUUAGUGUGCAAGCACAGUGCAUGUUUCUUUGCUGUUUCUAUAGCUUGAGCUCAAUGGUUGCUUCCUUUGUCUCCAGCUCCAAAUGAGUGUACCUGCAGCAACGGCACAGAAAUCAGACAGUGAAAUGCAAUCAGCUGCAGUGGCUCCCUCCUUCAUCCCCAGCCAGUCGGGGAAGAUACCGGGCAGGAAGAGAGGGAGACCCCCGCUCCGCAAUGUCGCCAAGAUGGAUUUUCCAAAUCGUUACCCCGAGUCGCUCCCUCCACUCAAAGUGCCAAAGAAGAGGGGGAGAAAGCCCGGCUUCAAGCUCAAACCCAGGAUGGUGAUGACACCGUUGGCUAUCUCUCCACCUAGCAGCACCCCUGAGCCCGAUAUGAGCUCUAUUCCUCAGGAUGCCGCCACCAUCCCCCACUCUGCCACGCCCCAGGUGCUUACAGUCUGUAUCUACAUCAACAAGCAGGCCAACACGGGCCCCAACCUUGACAGGAAGAAGAUCCAGCAGCUCCCCGAUCACUUCGGACCCGACCGGCCCUCCGUGGUGCUUCAGCAGGCCGUCCAAGGCUGCAUCGACAGCGCCUUCCAGCAGAAAACAGUUUUCACUCUCCUAACGCAAGGCUACGGGGGAGAAAAAAUAUCAGCCACAUUUGAUGGGAAGCAGCAUCUUCUCAGCCUCCCCGUGGUGAACAGCAUCGACUAUGUGCUCCGUUUUCUGAAGAAGCUCUGUCGCAGCUUGCACUGUGAAAACCUCUUCAGCGAUCAGCCCAUUACCCAGCACAGUGGUGGCUCCUACCCGUCAGAUGCUGAAACAUCUAUGGCCGAGGACUACCAUUUAGACCAGUCCGACGGCAAACGCUACUCCUUGGACCCCGGCGAUUCUGCUUUCAGCUCCAUAAGCUCGUCCUACACGCCAAAGUCCUCCUAUGGGUUUCGUUCGUCACAGCAGUUCUCCAACGGCACGGCCUCCAUGAGCAUGUGCAGGCAGUCGUCAACCAGCCCAAACACGUUCCCAGAGAGCAACCGGACAGGAGGUUAUAAUGCAUCUUCAGAGCCCCAGGAGUCCAAGCCUCCACCCAAUAAGGACCCAUCCACCUGGUCUGUAGACGAUGUUGUCUGGUUCAUCAGGGAUGCCGACCCGCAGGCUCUCGGCCCCCAUUCAGACGUCUUUAGGAAACAUGAGAUCGAUGGAAACGCUUUGUUACUCCUAAAGAGCGACAUGAUCAUGAAGUACCUCGGACUGAAGCUGGGGCCGGCCUUGAAGCUUUGCUACCACAUCGACAAACUAAAGCAGACUAAGUUCUGAAAACCUUCUAUGAUAUAAUUUCCCCCUCUUUAAAUCCAACAAUGCAUUUGAGAACAGUCUCUAUGUCUGUGAGCCAAAGGGAAGAGAGUAAGGUACCCAGGCGUGAGAUGCAUCACUUCCUUUUCUGCCUUAAAAGUAUAAAAGCAAAUGGGCUGCAACUUUUACGGUUAAUUCAACUACUUUUUGCUCAGAAAGAGAGGGUAACUUCUGUGUAAAAUAUGCCAGGCCUAUACGUAGGCUUGGGUAUCGGUUCUCUAUACCUUUUAAGGUAUUGCCAAAUAACCCAGUGCCAAGUAGUAUCGAAACUUCUCCAGUCAAACGAUACCUGCAUUCGAUCCUUUUUGUACCCAGAUCUAGAAAAACAUGACUAUUUGUAUGAGUUUGCUCGCAGUCGAUCACCGCAAGCGUUCUUCGAUUUAAUGCAACAAUAAUGUAAAUCCAAUAUUAACUCUCUUUAAAAUAAAAAUCGGGCUCUUCAGUUGCUAAAUGCUCCGCCAUGUUCACCAGCUAUUCACUAACUGUGUCGUUCUGCUGUUUGGUGCUAAGCAGGAAGUGUACAGUGGGUUUUUUAGAGCUUUUUCUCCUAAAACAGCUGCAGCCAAAAAUUAUGCAAUGAGAGCAAUGGGAGUGAACCAAAACAAUAAAAUUACCGCCAGACAAUAAAGCUCUGUAAAGCCGAGGCAAGCUGCACGCCUUUUUCCGAUUAUAAAUUCUUACGCAGCAAAUAUUUAACACACAUGACUGAUCAGUUGUUUCCGCUGUUGGCGUCUUCUCGGAUAUUCCCAUAAAGUGCGAAUGCUUGUUUUCGUCUGUGGACAACAUGAAACAUGGCCAAUACUAGCUGACACGGAAGAACAAUUCAAACUUGCCCAAUUGAACCAAAUUCCUGAAGACCUCUUUCCAUUUUUUUAUCGUAGAUGGUUAGAUGGCCAAGCCGACUUGUUUUGUUUUCCGGUUCGCAACCUCUACUUCUUCUACUCUGUUUACUGGUGGAUUACAGCCAUGCGUAGCCUAUAGCGCCAACUUCUGACCAAAUUACACUUUAGCCAAGUUUAUUUGCUCCACACCAGUUGAUGGAAAUGCUCCUAAUUCGCUUCUCUUUUUUUGCCACAUUUCAAAAGUUUGCUUAAAGUUUGCUUGACAAUUGAAUGGAAACAUGGCUACUGAUAAUACUAUCAUAAAACAAUUUAUAAAAAAAAACUCUAGGAGCUUUAAAGUCUUGAGCAGAGAAACUCUGAUUGUUCUAAUCUGGUAAGACAAAGGCGGGAAAUAGACCGCUAAAGGAAGUGACACAUCCCAUAUGUGAAACCCUUCUCUCUUCCCAUUGGCUUGCAGACCCGGGGUCCCCAGACAUGAGUCCCACAGUCGGACCCUCUCGGUACAUUUUGCUGAAGAUUUCCAUGAUGUCAUGUAGUGAUAAUCACAAAUUCACCCACAUACUUAUUGACUUUCUCUACUUUUGGCACAGAUUUUGAACUAAAAAACUGUGAGAUUGUGGAACGCAUCCUUCAUACAUGUGUUAACAUAAUGUAAUCAGUAAAAGAAGGCCAAGUGUUUGUGUCACAAACCUUCCCUGAGCAGCACAUCUGUCUGCUGCAUGCAGAUUUCAUUAUAAAUAUAUAUUCAUAAUCUGACAAGAAAUGUAUAACAGAAAACACUUUAUACCUUAAAAAACUCUCACUUUGUCAAAUCUCACUUUAGGAUCUCAUGUUUACCAAACUGAAAACAUAUCUAUAACUGAAACGGUGCAUUAAUUACUACAUUGCUUUUUCGAUUGAGAGAUAUAGAAAAUCAUUUUGAUACUAUUUUUUCACAUUACUGUGUAACAAAAAAGUAAUGUUCCCAUUGGAUUUCUUUUUUUACUAUAAUUUUAAUAUUAAAAAAAACACUGUAACCUAAACAAAACAUAGCCUACAUAGAAAGACAGUAGCUCUCUUGUUAGUAAUAUAUAAAGAAAAAUGAGAGCAUUGUGAACGUGAUAUAUUUAUGUUUCAAUAUGCAAGAUUGUUACAUGCCAAUUAUCUCCAUAGGCUCUUCAUGUAUACGCAUACGUUUUUUUUAAAAUUCAUAUGUUUCUAUGUUUUUAUUAAACAUCAGUGUUGAUACAGAAGCUGUCAAAACACACUUAAAUGUUACACUGAGAAAACGGCCAUGUAAAUGGGUAUAUAAUAUAGUAUUGCUUUUGUAUACCACCUUUGGUGUACAGUAUGCAUCCUUUUUUAAUCAAUUAACCUUUGUAAGUGAAUGCUGCUGUAAAGAUAUUCCAUGUAAGCCAUGCCUAGUGAGAUCAAGCUGAGGUGUUUUAUUUUGAAAAUCACUACGAAUAAGAGUUUUAGAGGACGCUGAGUGGAUCAGUGCUCUAUGCUGGUGCUAAAGUUAUCUAUGUAUUUAACUGUUUGCUUUUGUGUUUGUGAGAUGUAAAUGAAAUCUUAUGUGUAUACUGUACUGUAUGUGAGCAUUAAAUUAAGAAAUCAAGUAAUCAGAGA